AUGGAAUCUAAGAACCCAUACGCCUUCCCACUGAAACCAGAACAGUAUGCUCCUAACCCAGUGCGUUCGCUGGCUGAAUGGAAACAAUUAUGGAGCGUCUGGGAUCUUGUGACGACGAAGAUGAUAUCGCCCGAUGCGUUGAUGGAACAACCAAUUCCUCUCCGGAACCCGUUGCUGUUCUACCUUGGACAUAUUCCAACCUUGUCAGAAUCCACUCUUUCAUCUCAAACCUGGGCUAAUAGUGAACUUAGUGAGGAUAUUCAUCUUGCCAGAGCCAGACUUCGCAAAGCUCGCAAAGAAGCUGCUUCACGACGCCUCCAGAAUCCAUGGAUCAAGAUGCCCGAGCAGACUUUCACCAUCGGGUACCAUGACCCUGAAAGUGAUGAUGGGCCAAACAGAUUCUUUGCGUGGGAUAACGAGCGCGAGCCGUACGAUAUCACUGUCCCACAAAUCGAGGCACAAGGUCGGCCAGUCAGUAACGGAGAGUAUGCUAAGUACCUCGUGGACAUUGAGGAGCCUCAGAUCCCCGCUACCUGGAGCAAGACGCGCGAUGCCCGAAGUAAUGAAGAUUACACCACGUUCGUCGCUCGUCACAGUGUCAAGACUGUCUGGGGACCAGUGCCAUUGUCGCAGGCACUUGAUUGGCCUGUGAUGGCUUCUUUCGACGAGGUAGAGAGAUAUUCUGGAUGGGCUGGUGCUCGCUUACCAACGCUCCACGAAUUAAGAAGCAUCCACGAGUAUGUUGAGCUUUGUCGUAAGGCCCCGGAUAGUAAAGUGAAUCAUCAAUUCCAUACCAAUUCAAAGGCCAUAUUUGUUGAUUUAUCGGACACAAAUUCUGGAUUUCUGAAUUUUCAUCCAACGGGGAUCACUCACAAGGGUGAUCUUUGUGGACUGGGCAAUACUGGAGGUGCGGCUGAGUGGACGAGAACUUUAUUCGCGCCGCAACCGGGAUUCAAGGCGAUGGACAUUUAUCCCGGAUAUAGUGCCGACUUCAUGGACGAGAAGCAUAUGGCUGUGGUUGGAGGAAGUUGGGCCCUGCACCCUCGUAUCGCAGGCCGAAAGAGCUUCCUGAACUGGUGGCAGAAGAAAUAUCUCUGGCCAUGGGUAACGUUCCGUCUUACCGAGGUCGAUUGCGGCAUCUGCGGUGGCUUUGUGGAUGCUUUGGCUAGUCCCGUGGUGACAUCAUACGAUAUCAAUUGA